GAGUCAUACUCGACGAUAAUCCUCCAACUCCUCCAAUUCCAAAGAAAUGGCGCUCAACUCCUUUGCAUUUCCCCUUCAUUUCCUUCCGCUUGCUCCCACCGCCAAGUCCCCAUAUCUUUCGUUUUCUCUCCACUGUUCGAAGUCUUCUUUUCCCGAGAAAGCCGACGAUGGUAAAAACGACAGUAGUGGGGAGCCCGAGAGACCCGGGAGGCUCUCCGAGCAGUCAUCGUGGGAAGCCAAGGACUCUGAGGGGAGGGACUAUCUCUACAGGCUAGGUAAAGAGGCUGAUAACAUGAAUAUCGCAGUCGGAGCUAGGGCUGGCGUCAUCGAUGACCUCUUUGCCGGCAAUUUUCUCGGACGAGACUCGGAUAUUGUGUUUGAUUACCGUCAGAAAGUAACGAGGUCAUUUGAAUACAUUCGGGGCGAUUACUAUAUUGCUCCUCUCUUCAUGGAUAAAGUUGUAACCCACAUUGUCAAGAACUACAUUGCUCAUCUUCUCAAUACCAAGGUUCCUUUGAUCCUUGGUAUUUGGGGUGGAAAGGGGCAAGGAAAAUCAUUUCAGACUGAACUUAUAUUCCAAGCCAUGGGAAUUGAACCCGUCAUUAUGUCCGCUGGAGAGCUGGAAUCCGAAAGAGCUGGAGAGCCGGGAAAGUUGAUACGGGAUCGCUACAGAACAGCUUCUCAAGUGGUCCAGAACCAAGGCAAAAUGAGCUGCUUGAUGAUCAAUGAUAUUGAUGCUGGCCUCGGUAGAUUCGGAAACACUCAAAUGACUGUCAACAAUCAAAUUGUUGUUGGAACUCUGAUGAAUCUGUCAGAUAAUCCUACAAGAGUGAGUAUUGGACAAGAUUGGCGAGAAUCAGAUGUCACAAAUAGAAUUCCUAUCAUUGUUACAGGAAAUGAUCUUUCAACUAUUUAUGCUCCCUUGAUUCGUGAUGGAAGAAUGGAAAAGUUCUACUGGCAGCCUAAUCAUGAAGAUAUCGUCAAUAUUGUUUAUCAAAUGUAUGAGAAAGAUGGCAUUUCUAGGGAUGAUGUUAUAAGAAUAGUGGACAAAUUUCCUAAUCAAGCUUUGGAUUUUUAUGGAGCUCUUAGGUCUCGAACAUAUGAUAAGUCAAUCUCAAAGUGGAUCGAUGAUAUUGGAGGUGUUGAAAAACUUGGGGACAAAUUGCUUAGACGAAAAAAGAAUGAAAAGCUUCCUGUAUUCACUCCCCCAAAGCAAACGCCGGAGGCUUUACUUGAAUCAGGGUGCUCGCUGCUCAAAGAACAGCAGCUGGUAAUGGAGAGUAAACUCUCCAAGGAAUACAUGAAGAACAUUGAUGACUAGAAAGUAGGGCUUUGUUGAACGUCUUCUGUUAUGUUAUUAUUCUAUGAGUACAACGUUAUUGAUUGGUUACCCUUCAUUGGUUUA